AUGAACAAGAACAUGAGCCAUAUGAACAAGAACAACAACAACACCACUACUCCUCCUCUUUCUACUGUGACUGAUCAACAACAACAACAUCACAAACCAUAUCAACAACAAUAUCAACAACACUCUCUAUUCAGUCAUGUAAGACAUCUCAUCCUGAACAAGUAUCUAUCUGUAUUGAAUGAUGAACAUGAAUUACCACAUGUCAAGUAUGAAAUUUCUAAAAUACUCUCCAAUGCAUUGUAUAAGAGUUCAGCACAAAUGUUAAUGCAAUUCAAUGAACAUUCGAACCGUGGAAGAGUGAAUUUGAAUUUUCUAAACAAGUUAUCACCUCUUGCAUGGUUCUUGUUGGAUGUUCGUUCAUGUCAUGCCAACAAUAUUCCAAUUGUUGAAAGUAUUUGGGAAUUAUUAACAAGUUCCAUCUUCACUCAAUACGAUCGAAGAUUGAGAUCAGCCAUUGUAGAAGUGUAUCGUGCACUGUGGGAUCAAGUCACACCUUUGUGUUGUGAAGAGAUGGAUCAUCCUAUUAAGAAUUUAUUAGCCAAGACGACUCGUUUGACAUCAACCAUUUCAAUGUCAACAAUUUCGACAAUUUCAACGAUACCAACAACAACAACAUGUUCACUUGUUCAUGAACAAUUAUUAGCUUCCUACAUGAUUGCACCCUCUUUACAAGGAAUUUCAGAUUUACAAAUUGUUCAACCACAACAAUUGAAGAGUCAUCAAUAUUUAAAGAGUGAAUAUCCUCCUGUGGUAUUUGAUACGAGUCAUCUCUCCAAGAUGAUGAUAGCACCACCCAUCGUACCAUCAACAUCCAUCGUACCAUCAAAGAAGAGACCAUCAUCCACAAACACAACUACAGCAAUGAGUGAAAUGACAAAUGCUCUCCCGAGUGAAACCACUACUACCAGUACUACUACUGCAAGCACUGUAUUACCACCUCUCAUCAUUCAGACCACUGAAUCCAAGAAGGACUCCAAGAAAAAGAAGGAAUCGUCAAGUAAGGAAUCCAAGAAAAAGAAGGAAUCAUCAAGCAAGGAAUCAAGCAAAGAGUCCAAGAAGGAAUCAUCAAGUAAGGAAUCCAAGAAGGAAUCCAAAAAAGAAUCCAAAAAAGAAUCAAAGAAAGAAUCUUCUUCAAGUAAAAAGAAGAGUGUAGACUCUGAAAAGAAGAGAAAACGAGAGGGUACUGCUACUACUACAAGUGUGAUGCCAACAGAAACGAGUGCAUCCAGUAAAAAGAAAAAGAAACCUGAACCUCUGGAUGCUACCAAGAUUAAGAUUAAAUUGGGAGAUAGUGUGACUACGACUCCAUUGAGUGGUUAUGAUGCAAGUCAGGUAUUUACAAGUAGUGGUGGUAGUACUAGUGUUAGUGGUGGUGCUACUACUAGUGCUACUAGUGGUGGUGCUAGUCAUAUGGACAAGAUUCCUAAAUUGAAGUCUGCUGCUGCUGCUACCACUCUACCAGCAACAAGCUCUUCUUCUACUGCCAUGACUACCCCCAUGUCCAUGACACCACAACUCCUUCAACAACAACUCCUUCAACAACAACAACAACAACCAAUAUUCUACACUUUAAACCUCAUCCCAAUUUAUGUUGAAUUAGAUGAUCAUUCAUUGACUGCCAAUGCCAUUUAUAGAUCUCUUCCAAUGAAAUCGUUUGAAGUUUCAAGUGGAGGAAAAGGAAUUAUUUAUUUUGCCAUUCCACAAGUAGAACAAAUUACAGAUUUAGAAGAAGAAUCAAGAUCAGAAGUGAAGAAUGGUGAAUUAGCUUAUUGGAUUGAUGGUCUUUCUAUUGUCAUUGGUUAUUCAAAAACAAACUAUUCUGUAGCUAAUGAAAUUAGACUCUAUCAAUGUUGUAACAUUUUUGGUGAAAUGAUUUAUCCACUUCCAACAAGAAAUAUUAAUAGAAAUGUUACAAAACAAACCAUUUCAUUAGUAAGAUUACCUAGAGUCUCAUUGGAUAUUCCAGAAUUAUCACAAAGUAUUGAUAUUGAUUUGUAUGAUAUGGAAUUUCCAAAUUUGACAAAAUUUAUGGCACAUUUAAUGCCAAUUCGAGGAAUAUUCAUGCCUCCAUUUGGAAAGUUAUUAUAUUUCAAUUUACCACAACUCUAUACACCUUCGGAUGAAGAUCGUGAACAUGAGAGAUUUUAUAGAGAUUAUUUAUUACCAGGUGAAGUUGCCUAUUGGGCUGAAGGAGGUGCAUUAUUAUUGGGAACAGGACCAAGUGCUCUUCAACCUCCUACUACCAUCACUUCAAGUAGUGGCAGUAGUGGCACGACUCAUACCAAUCAAGAACGUUUUUAUUUAUUGACCAAAUGUUUUAUCAUUGGAAAAAUGAUCACACCCAAUUAUCGACAAUUACCAACCAUUGUUGAAAAGAGAAUGAAUUCUUUGUCUAGUACUACUGCUGCUUCGUCUAGUACUACUGCUGCUUCGUCUAGUACUUCCGCUAGUAGUACUGAUGAUGCAACGAGUCUCUCCAAUGAUUUGUCUCUCAUACUUCACAAACGUGAUAUUGUCAUUCAAGUAACAUUUAAAGAUCCAUCUCUACAACCUAUUGAAAUGUUAUUUGGAUUGAGAAAUACUGUAACAGCAGAUGUGAUUUAUGAACACUGUUGUACAUUGAAUAAGGUAUUGAAAUUUAAUCAAUUUGACUUUUCAACAAGUCCAUGUGGAAUGAUUUCAUUCUCUCUCGAUGAUUCCAAUCAAGAAAUUGCAAAUUUACAACAUGAAGUGAAUGUUGCACUCAAAACAAUACCAACACCAGGUGAUUUGGCAUUCAUGUGGGAUUCUUGUAGUAUUGUCAUGCCAUUCCAUAUGAAUGGUUCGCAACAAGGUGAAAUUGAAUUACCAGAUAUGGCUAAUGUUUGGGCAAGAUUUAGAAAUGUCAUUGUUUCUUCGAGUGGUGGUGUGAGUAGUAUGACCUAUGCAGCAGCCAUGCAAUACAUUGCUUCGAAACCCAUUCAAGCCAUUACCAUGAGAAGAUAUCAUGUGUAA